GAGAUCCUUGUGCACACAGGCAUGCACUGGAAUGGCUACUAUGACAAUCCCGAGGCCACAAGCCAAAUUCUGGACAGUGAUGGCUGGGUCCAUACCGGGGACUUGGGCUACUUCAAUGAUGACAACUUACUACAUGUAAUUGACCGCAAGAAGGCAAUGCUUAAAUUCCAAGGAAUUCACUACUGGCCCACUGAAAUCGAGAAUGUGAUCAAGGAGCUGCCGCAGGUGCGCGAUGCCUGCGUUGUGGGCAUACCUGAUGAUGUGCUUGGCGAUGUGGCCGCCGCAUUGGUGGUUAAAAGUCCAAGCGGCAAUAUCACCCAAGAAGAAAUUAUGAAUCACGUAGCGAAACGGUUUGUCGCCACACAUAAACAUCUACAUGCCGGUGUUCGAUUCAUUGAUAAGCUGCCCGUCAACAACAAUGGGAAGACUAUGCGUAUUGCGGCACGUGAGCUAUAUAAGUCGCUGGGUGGGACAACAACCAAAGGAAACUAAACAUAAAUAAAAAAUAAUCAGUUUUAAUU